AUGAACUUUAUAAAACGAUUCCUAUUGAGCUUCUCAUCACUGUUAUUAUUAACCAAUUCCAGUCCAGUACCAACAAUCUUAGAUACUGAUAUUGGAACAGAUUAUGAUGACCAAGUGGCUUUAACUUACAUUCUAGCACGAUCCGAUUUAUUUGACUUAAAACUUGUAAUAUGUUCAUCUUUUAACACGACCGCUAGGGCACAAAUCGUAGCUAAAACAUUGAGUGUAUUUAAACGAUUUCAUGUUCCGAUUGCCAUUGGUAACAUAACGGGUGUAAACAACGUUUGGGAAUUUGAAUGGGCACAAGAUUAUUCAUUAGAACAAUUUUCGAGUGAUGGUGGUACAGUUUAUCAAAAUGGUGAAGAAGCACUGGCCAACGAGAUGGGAAAAGCAACAAGUGAAAAUAUUUAUCAUUACAUACAAAUUGGCCCAGCUACGUCAUUAGCGCAUGUUUUAGAAUCAAACCCAUCGUUAUCCAAAUACAUUCGUUUAUUCGCUAUGGCUGGCUCAAUCUACUAUGGCUAUGAUAAUACUAGUACGCCAUCAAAAGAAUAUAAUGUUGCAACUGAUAUUCCGGCGGCACAAAUCAUGUUUUCGUCGGAAUGGCUCUAUUUUGGAUUGGCACCAAUAGAUUGUACAAAUUUUAUGCAAUUCAACGGUCUAAUUUGGCAACAAUUUUUAAACUACGUUAUUUCUUCAAGCGCGGUUCGAUCAAUUUUGACAAGUUACGCUGUUUGGUACGCGAAUGGUGGAAAAAAUAUUGAUGCCAUGGAACCAUUUAGUCCUGGAACUGGAACAUCAACAAUGCAUGAUGUUUUAGCUGCAUUUUUAGCCGGAGCGUACACAGAUGUUAGUCCAACAAUAUCCGAAAUAUUACCAUUAGUUAUUACACGCGAUGGUUAUACUCAAGUGAAUGCGUCACAUGGAAAAGGAGUAAAUUCAUGUCUGAAAUUUGAAACGUCAAAUCCAUAUUUAUCUACCACAGUUGUUGGGUCAAUCGUAUUAGAAUCAAUUAUAAAACCUACAAAUAAGUCGUAA